CAAGUUUUUAAAGUGCUUUAAAAUGUGUUCCUUAAUCCAUAUGCAGCGGUGCUUUUGCGACAGGUAUGUGGCUGUUAUCUGUAAAUUGUUGUCACGUUCGUAAACAUUAUUGUUAUCGUGAGUGAACUUCAGACUGUUGUAUUUAUAUUUAUGACAGUCUCCCCGUCCCCCCGUUGUAACUAGCGGCGCGUCGUCAGUUUGACCGGCUUUCUCCCACUGUUAACAUCAAGAUGAAUAAAUUAUCAAUUCUUACGAGAGCGUUUUCGAGCUCCUCUUUAAAUGCGGUGAAAACGGUCACCGUUGUCGGCGGAGGGUUGAUGGGCUCGGGCAUUGCUCAGGUUGCAGCUCAAGCAGGGCAGAAUGUCACUGUUGUGGACCUAAAACCAGAGCUGCUGGAGAAGGCUCAGAAGUCCAUCCAGCAGAACCUGACCCGAGUGGCCAAGAAAGUCCACAAAGAUGAUGCGGCUAAAGUGGAGGCAUUUGUUCAGGACGCUGCCAGCAGAAUUAAGGUGUCUACGAAGGUAGAGGACGGCGUGAACGCCGACCUGAUUAUCGAGGCUAUAGUGGAAAAACUAGACGUGAAGCAGGAACUCUUCAAUAAGCUGGACUUGUUGGCGCCCGAACACACAAUCCUGGCCAGUAACACCUCCUCGAUAUCCAUCAAUGCUAUUGGUGCGGGCAUUAAGAGGAAAGACAGAUUCGGCGGCCUCCACUUCUUCAACCCUGUCCCGAUCAUGCGUCUGCUCGAGGUCAUCAAAGGAGACCACAUCUCCGAGCAGACCUACCAGACCAUGAUGGAGUGGGGCAAGGCCGUCGGCAAGACCUGCAUCACCUGCAAGGACACGCCCGGCUUUGUGGUCAACCGGCUGCUGGGACCUUACAGCGCUGAGGCGCUCAGGAUGUAUGAAAGAGGUGACGCUACGAAAGAAGACAUCGAUAUUGGCAUGAAGCUAAGCGCAGGCUACCCGAUGGGUCCCUUCGAACUGGCCGACUACACAGGCCUUGAUACUAAUAAGUUCGCAUUGGCCACCAUGUACGAGCAGACCGGGGACCCGGUGUUCCGCCCCAUACCCAUCCUGGACAAGAUGGUGGCCGAGGGCAAGCUGGGCAUCAAGAGCGGCGAGGGAUUCUACAAAUAUAAGAAAUAGGGUGCUUAUGGCAAAAUAUGGGAUGAUAAUUAAAAAAAUUGCGUCCAAUAGAUUGUUUUUAUAACAGAAUAUUUUGUAAAUUUUACGUUAUGUAUGUCGAAUAUAUCGUCGUAAGAAAUAGUCUUUGUUGAAUAAGUAUAUUUUCAGUAAAAUACACAAAGCACCUUAAGACUGUAAAAAACAUUUAUUUUUGUAUUGAUAUAGAUAUUUUUAAAUAAAGUUUAUUAUUUCGUG